AUGACUAGAGGAAAUCAACGCGAACUCGCUAGGCAAAAGAACCUCAAGAAACAGAAAGAGAAUGCCAAAAGUCAAAAGAAAGGGGAUCCUUUGAAAAGAAUGGAGACGGAUGCAGAGAUUCUACGUAUGAAACAGCAAGCUGCAAAUGAAAGAAAGAAUCGUGAGCAAUUAGAAAAGCUUAUGAAAGAAAAGGCGAAGCGAUAG